CUUGGUGGAGGCCAUCUUGAGCAAGGAGACGGAGGUUCCAUCCGGCUGUAUCCACGCCUACAUCAAUGACCUGCUGACUCCAGGGCCUUCCGGAACGACGCGCUUGGAGGAGCAGUUCAAGUGAAUAACGCAGUCCAGUGCCAAGCAGCAUGACUAUUCUGCAGCCCUCAAACAGUGCAACAGAGAAAAGAACCGGAACUGCUCUCUCAUUCCUGUGGAGAGGUCCAGAGUCUGUCUGUCAACUCUGGCAGGAGAGACUUCCGACUACAUAAAUGCCUCCUACAUCAUGGGGUACCACCACAGCAGUGACCCAGACACCGCUUCCUAGCACCACAAAGGAUUUCUGGAGGAUGAUCUGGGACUACAACACCCAGGUCAUCAUCAUGCUGCCUAGUAAACAGGGUCAGACAGGGGAGGAGGAGUGUGUCUGGCCCUGCAGUGACCAGCCAAUUAGCUACGAGACAUUCACGGUCACCUUUGCCCGAGAGGACCACAUAUGCCUGCCCAACGAGGAGAUGCUGGUAGUGCAGGACUUUGUUCUGGAGGCCAAGCAGCCAUUCAGAGGUGGACUUGCUGGUGUGUUUUGGAUCAUUGUCCUGCUGCAGAACCCAAGUUUGUCACGAACAGAUGGGCGGACAUUCUCCUUCAGGAUUUUUUGGUAGACAGCAGAAUUCAUGGUUCCAUUUAUCACAGCAAGUCUUCCAGGUCCUGAAGCAGCAAAACAGCCCCAGACCAUCACACUACCACCACCAUAUUUUACUGUUGGUAUGAUGUUCUUUUUCUGAA